AUGAGUAAGGCAAACCAGUCAAGUGUCUCUGAGUUCCUCCUCCUGGGGCUCUUCAGGCAGCCCCAGCAGCAGCAGCAGCUCCUCUUUGUGCUCUUCCUGAACAUGUACCUGGCCACAGUCCUGGGAAACCUGCUCAUCAUCCUGGCCAUCAGCACUGACUCCCGUCUGCACACCCCCAUGUACUUCUUCCUGAGCAAUCUGUCCUUUGUAGAUGCCUGCUUUUCCUCCACCACUGUCCCCAAGAUGCUGACCAAUCACAUACUUGAGAGUCAGUCCAUCUCCUUCUCUGGGUGCCUCACCCAGAUGUAUUUUCUUUUCAUGUUUGCUGACAUGGACAAUUUCCUUCUGGGUGUGAUGGCGUAUGAUCGGUUUGUUGCUGUGUGUCACCCCUUACACUACACAACAAAGAUGACCCUGCGGUUCUGUGGUCUGCUGGUUGCUGGACCUUGGGUCAUUGCCAACCUGAAUGUCCUAUUGCAUACCUUACUGAUGGCUCGACUCUCAUUCUGUGCAGACAACAGGAUCCCCCAUUACUUCUGUGAUGUACCUCCUCUCCUGAAACUCUCCUGCUCUGACACAUACCUCAAUGAGAUGAUGAUUCUUACUGAGGGGGCCCUAAUAAUGAUAAUUCCAUUUGUUUGCAUCUUGGUUUCCUAUGUUUACAUCACCUGUGCUGUUCAAAGAAUCCCAUCAACAAAGGGGAAAUGGAAAGCCUUCUCCACCUGUGGUUCCCACCUGGCUAUGGUUUCCCUCUUCUAUGGCACCAUUACUGCUGUAUAUUUCAACCCUUCAUCCUCCCACUCAGCUGAGAAAGACACCGCAGCUACUGUGAUGUACACUGUGGUGACCCCCAUGCUGAACCCUUUUAUCUACAGCCUCAGGAACAAGGACUUGAAAAGGGCCCUAACAAAAGUUAUUGGUAGAAAGAGGUUUUUUUUCCCAGUGAAAGCAUGA